UUAAAAAAGGAGAGAGCUUUUUAAUUGGCGUAGAGAUUGGGAAGGAAGGACAGAAAGGAAUGGAACAUUUGGCAGCAAAUUGAUUGAUAUUCUAAAAAUCUCAUCUUUUUUAAUCAUUUCCUCUCUUCCUAUCUGCUCUCUGAGUCUGUGAUGAGGAGCUUUGACAGAUCCUUCUGAUUCCAUCAAACUCAGAUCAGUCGCAGACCCCAAAUUGCCAGAUAGGAUCCAAGCAACGAGGUUUCAGUUUAGUGAUAUUUCCCAUCUCGGUUGUUGCUUCUUGUUUUAUACUUCUUGUGAAGUUAUUGGUUAAGAGAGAGAGAGAGAGAGAGUGAUUUGGUUCGUGGAGAUAUAUGGCAGAGGUGAAGGAUCAGUUAGAGAUUAAGUUCCGGCUAAAUGACGGUUCAGAUAUCGGUCCUAAAUGGUUUCCCGAUGCUACAACCGUUGCGACAUUGAAGGAAACUGUUGUUGCUCAGUGGCCAAAAGAUAAGGAGAACGGGCCAAAGACGGUGAAAGAUGUGAAACUGAUAAGCGCAGGUAGAAUAUUGGAGAACAACAAGACGGUUGGAGAUUGCAGGAGUCCUGUCUGUAAUCUCUCAGGUGCUGUCACCACAAUGCAUGUAAUAAUUCAACAUCAGGUUAUUGAACAAGAAAAGAAGAAGAAGAAGCCUAAAGGUGAUGUGAAGAAACAGAACAAAUGUGUCUGUUUAUGUUUUGGAGCUCGGUGUUAACAAAAAGCGUACGUAAGACAAGUAAAUUUAAAAAAAAAGCUUUGGAGAUUCAGAUUCUGUUCUUGAGCCUUCUUCAUUACUUUUUUCCUUUCUUGUAAUUUUCUUUUUUUUUUUUUGUUGGUGACACCAUUGGCUUUUUUGAUCGCUUGGGGUUUUGGUUUCUCCUAAUGUAAGUCUGAUUCAUCAUAUAACACCGUGGAAUCAUAGAAAACUAAACACAAAUUUGCACUUCUUUCACA